GCAAGAUGGCGGCGUGAAGGCAGCUGGCGGCGGCGGAAAGUUUGUUGUGGGGUUGGAGUAUUCGGGCGGCGGAGGCUAGAGUUGAGGAGAACCGUGGGGUUGAGGCGAGGACCGAAGAUUCAAGGGCCCCUGGGACUGGAAGAAAUCAGUGUCUGCUUGGAAAGAGGAAGAGAUAUCAGGCUUGCCCCAGCUCAACCCCAGAGCGGCUCCAGAGCUGGGCUGCUCAAAAACCAAGCUGUCUGUUUGUAUGGAGUGCCUGGAAGGUGUCUGCCAUGAGUCUGUCGCUAACCGCACUAACCAGGAGAGCUGGCUGGUUGGGGAGAAGUCAUUAACUCUGAGCCUUUGGCUGGAGGAAGUGGAGGGGCUGUGGGAUGUGGAGAGCCAAGGGCUGACUCCUGGACAGCGGAACAGAGAGAGCUGCUGACAAACAGACGGUGGAGGAGCCUGCCACCCUCCCAGAAUGACCACUGCAGCCCCUGCUAAGAAACCCUAUCGUAAGGCACCACCGGAGCAUCGGGAGCUGCGGCUGGAAAUUCCUGCGUCUCGGCCUGAGCAGGAGCCCCUGACGGACGCAGAGAGGAUGAAGCUCUUGCAGCAGGAGAAUGAAGAGCUUCGCCGCCGCCUGGCCUCAGCCACCAGACGCACUGAGGCCCUGGAGCGGGAGCUGGAGAUCGGGCAAGACUGCCUAGAGCUGCAGCUAGGCCAGAGCCGUGAGGAGCUGGACAAGUUUAAGGACAAGUUCCGCAGGCUGCAGAACAGCUACACUGCUUCCCAGAGGACCAACCAGGAGCUGGAGGACAAGCUGCACGCACUGAUCAAGAAGGCUGAGGUGGACAGGAAGACACUGGACUGGGAGAUCGUGGAGCUGACCAACAAGCUGCUGGAUGCCAAGAACACCAUCAACAGGCUGGAAGAGCUCAAUGAGCGGUACCGGCUGGACUGCAACCUGGCCGUGCAGCUCCUCAAGUGCAACAAGUCCCACUUCCGGAACCACAAGCUUGCCGACCUGCCCUGUGAGCUCCAGGACAUGGUUCGGAAACAUCUGCACAGUGGUCACGAGGCUGCCAGCUUGGACUCCGCUCCCAGUCUGGCCCCAGGGGCUGUGGUGCCCACUUCAGUCAUUGCCCGGGUGUUGGAGAAGCCGGAGUCUCUGCUGCUUAAUUCGGCCCAGUCAGGCAGUGCUGGGCGCCCCUUGGCUGAGGACGUGUUCGUGCACGUGGACAUGAGCGGCGGGAUUCCGGGGGACCCAGCUAGUCCUCCAGCCCCAGGCAGCCCCCAUCCCCAGCCCAAUGGGGAAUGCCAAGCUCUGGGGACUGCGGGCGGCUUCCCGGAGGAGGAGCUGCCCCUGCCAGCCUUUGAAAAGCUGAGUCCCUAUCCUACCCCGCCCCCGCCACAUCCUCUGUAUCCGGGUCGCAGGGUCAUCGAGUUCUCCGAGGAGAAGGUCCACAUCCCUCGCAACAGCCCCUUGCCCAACUGUACUUACGCCACCCGCCAGGCCAUCUCCCUGAGCCUGGUGGAGGAGGGCAGCGGCACCCGCCCCAGCCCGGGGCCCAGCAGUCCUGCCUCCGCCGGGGCUUCACCCCACCACCAGCCCAGCCCUGCCCCGCCGCCGCUCAGCACCCCCGCCAGCUCCGCCAGCUCGGAGGAGGACCUGCUGGCCAGCUGGCAGCGCGCUUUUGUGGACCGCGCGCCGCCUCCGGCCGCUGUGGGCCAGCGCACAGCCUUUGGGCGGGACGCACUCCCUGAGCUGCAGCGCCAUUUUGCCCUCAGCCCCACGGACAGAGACCAGGUGAUCCUAGUGCCUUCUCCACCUGAGGAUCGCGGACUUCUGCCGCCCACAGAACCUGACGCCGGGUUUGCCAGGGAAGAGGAGGAGGAGGAGGAGCUGAACCUACCCAUCAGCCCUGAGGAAGAGCGCCAGAGCCUGCUGCCCGGCGACAGGGGCAGCGAGGAGGGGCCCCCUGCUUCCCACGCGGAGGCCAGGGCCUGGCCACUCCCCACUUCCACUCGCCCCCAGCGCAGCCCCAAGAGAAUGGGGGUGCACCACCUACACCGCAAGGACAGCCUGACCCAGGCCCAGGAGCAGGGCACCCUGCUGGGGUAGGCCUGCUUGCCUUCCUGUCCAGGCCUUGACUUCCCCGCUGCCCCACCCCGCUCUGUCCCACGAACUGGAGGGGCCCAGCGGGUCUUCCAGCGGCACCCACACGGGCUGGCACCGCUUGCCCACCUGCGAGUUUUCCCUUUCCUCUUGGAGUAUUUCUCCUCCAAAGGUAACUGGCAGCGGGGGCUCGGGCUGGGGCCGUGGUGGGGCCAUGGGGCUCAUCAGUGUUCACUGCUUCUUCCCUUGUUCCUGAGCUCUGCCGGGUUCUCACCUCACCCGCCACUUUCCCUCUGUGUGCUGCUGCUGGCCUCAGGGAAGAGGGAGUGAGUGACCGACUGGACUCAGGGCUCCCCGCAGCUCUUUGCCCUCCCUCUAGAAGAGAGGGUGGGCUGUGGGGGCUUCAAGUUGGGCUCUGGGUGAGGCCUGACUCCCUCCCCCCCCUUUUUUCUGUCAGUCCUGGGGCUUGAACUCUGGGCCUGGGUGCUGUCCCUCAGCUCUUC